AUGUGUUUCGGGGCUCGAAAACAGGAUGACGGCAGCGCUGCCCGCUCGCGGGACCUCGAUCGUCUGAUUCGCCAGGAUGAGAAGAAACUGUCAAAGGAGGUCAAGCUCUUGUUGCUGGGUGCCGGAGAGUCUGGAAAGUCUACCGUGCUGAAGCAGAUGAAAUUGAUCUACGCCCAAGGCUUCAGCAAAAACGAGAAGCUCGAAUGGAAGCCCGUCGUCUUUAACAACAUUGUCCAAUCCUUCCGCUUAAUUCAAGAUGCCAUGACCGAGAUGGGAAUCGAGUUUAGCAACCCCGAAAACGAGAAGCACAUGGCGCAUAUACUGGUGGAACACGAGAUCAACGCCCAGGAUCCCCUCCCGCGCGAUUACCUUCAACCUAUAAAGGAGCUUUGGUUCGAUGGUGGCGUUAAGCAAGCCAUUGCCAAGGGCAAUGAGUUUGCUCUCCACGAUAAUUUGGCAUACUUUUGCGACGAUUUGGAUCGUAUCUGGGAUCAGAGUUACGUGCCGACAGACCAAGAUUUGUUGCGCUCGAGAUUGCGAACGACGGGAAUCACCGAAACGGUCUUCGACCUGGGCCAGCUGACAUACCGCAUGUUCGACGUCGGCGGUCAGCGUUCGGAACGAAAGAAGUGGAUUCACUGCUUUGAAAACGUCAACUGCCUGCUUUUCCUUGUCGCCAUCAGCGGUUACGACCAAUGCUUAGUUGAGGACAAAGAUGGCAACCAAAUGAACGAAGCACUCAUGUUGUGGGAGUCCAUUGCGAACUCGCACUGGUUUACCAAGUCUGCGCUUAUCCUCUUCCUCAACAAAAUGGAUCUGUUCAAGGAAAAAUUACCUAACAACCCCAUCACAUCACACGGCUUCACAGACUACCACGGUCCCGCCGAAGACUGGAAGUCUGCCAGCAAAUAUUUCUUGGACAAGUUCCGCGCCCUAAACAGAAACACGGAGAAGGAAAUCUACGGACACUUCACCAACGCGACAGACACGAACCUGCUCAAAAUCACCAUGGGCUCGGUCCAGGACAUGAUCAUCCAGCGCAACCUGAAACAACUGAUACUAUAA